UAUACCAUAGUUAUAAAAACUUACAUAGAAGUAAAAAAUUUCAGUUUGUAUGAUGGUAUAAAAUUUUAUUAUUAAAACUUUCUUAAAAAAGUGUCGUCCACCUGGAUAUUUGUCGAUCCAGCAAUGAUCAGUAAAGAGCUGUGGCUUCUAUGCAUUGUGUUGUCAACUAGUUUGGCAACAACAAUCAAUGUAUCCAAAUUCCCGAAAGAUUUUAUGUUUGGUACGGCAACUGCCUCUUACCAAGUAGAAGGUGCAUGGAACGAGGAUGGUAAAGGGGAAAAUACUUGGGACGAAGUAACACAUAGAAUGCCAUCACCAAUUGUCGAUAACUCAACCGGAGAUGUAGCUUGCGACUCUUAUCACAAAUAUAAAGAAGAUGUGGCUAUGCUUAAACAUUUGGGAGUCACCCAUUACAGAUUUUCGUUGUCGUGGUCUAGGAUUCUACCCACAGGCUUUAACAACAAAGUCAACUCCCUUGGAAUCGCUUAUUACAAAAACCUCAUCAAGGAACUUAGAGCCAAUAACAUCGAACCAUUAGUAACAAUAUUCCACUGGGAUACACCCCAACCAUUGGAAAACUUGGGUGGAUGGACCAACGAGCUAAUAAUUGAUAGAUUUGUAGAUUACGCCAAGGUGGUAUUUGAAAAUUUCGGUGAUGAUAUUACAUACUGGUUGACAUUCAAUGAACCAAAACAAACCUGCAAUGGAGGUUACGGUAGCUUGCAAAAGGCACCUCUCGUUAAUUCAUCUGGUAUUGGGGAAUACCUUUGCACCCAUAAUGUUCUUAAGGCUCACGCUAAAGCGUGGCAUUUGUAUGACGAGCAAUUCCGUAGUACACAAAAAGGAUUUGUUGGAAUUACUAUAGAUACAGCUUGGAUGGAGCCAGACACAGAUAGUACUGAAGAUGUAGAUGCUGCAGAACGACUACAACAAUUUAAUCAUGGAUGGUAUGCGAGACCGUUACUAUUGGGCGACUAUCCAGAAGCGAUGAAGAAAACAAUCGCAGAAAGAAGCGCACUUCAAGGCUUCAGCCAGUCGCGUCUUCCAGAAUUCACUCAAGAUGAAAUCGAGUACUUGAACGGUACUGUUGACUAUUUGGGACUGAAUUAUUAUACUACGGUUAUGGCAACAAAUGCUGCUGAUAAACGAAUAGAUGUUGUCUCUUGGGAAGCAGACGUUGAAGUUAACACGUAUCAGAAAGAAGAAUGGCCUACAUCGGCUUCGUCAUGGUUAAGGGUCGUUCCUUGGGGACUAAGAAAAACAUUGAACUGGAUCAAGAAAACAUAUGGCGAUAUCCCAAUAAUAAUAACGGAAAACGGUAUAUCAGAGGAUGGUACAUCUCUAGAAGAUGAUACAAGGAUUGACUAUUACCAGCAACACUUGAGCGCUGUGAAAGAUGCGAUGGACGAUGGAGUAAAUGUUUUCGGUUUCACAGCGUGGAGUUUGAUGGACAAUUUCGAAUGGUUACGUGGAUAUUCGGAGGACUUCGGCCUGUACCACGUAGAUUUUUCGAGCCCAGAUCGAACAAGAACACCAAAGAAAUCAGUGGAAUACCUUAAAAAUGUGAUACAAUACAGAUGUGUUCUAGGAAAUUCUACAUGCGAUGAUUAAUUUUUUUUGUGUUUUACAAAAACAAAUGAAUUAUUUGAUUUAUUAAUAAAAAAAGUACCAACA